AUGUCCACCAAAAAAACCCCCCAGCCUCCACGACUCCGCUCAGCGUGUGACGCCUGUCACCAGGCCAAAGUGCGAUGCACCGGCGGGUCAACCUGUCUGCACUGCCGGAACCACGACCUGCAAUGCCAUUACAGCUAUGCGGCGCGCAUCGGCAAGCCGAAGGGGAGCCGCAAUCGCAAGACGCUCGCCCGGCUGCAGUGCGCAGGACGCCAGGAAAACAGGACGGUCAUGUCUGUCGAUUCAGGACAGAGUUCUUCUGGUCUUCCGGCUGUACCGGUCGACAGCGCCCUGUGGAAUCCAUCCUUGGUUGCUCCUGCGUGGACUGGCAGUGAGAAUCUUCCGGUACAGAGCUAUCCACUGCCUUCCCAGCAAUCGCAAGACAGCUAUAGCUGGCUGUGGCAACCGCUUCCUCCUUCGCCGCCGGAGAGCGUCAAUGCCUGCUUCAACACGCACAUCCCAGGAGAAGCAGUAGGUGAAAGUCAGGGUCUUAUAUCUGCCAACACCGGCACCGUCGAUGCGUACACUCCAGGACACAUGCCAUGGGUGCCAACUUCCCUCCCACCAGACGAUAACCUGGCAGAGGACAGUAGCAGCAACAGCAGAUGCGACUGCGACUGUCUCGAGAGGCAAACCUCGCAAGUGAUCCAUCUGCAUCACCACAUGCGACGAGAUGGAGAACAAGACCAAGACCCCUUCGACAGCGGCCUGCAGGGCCUCAUCACGUCGUGUCUGCAGAGAAACCGCCAUCUUCAUCGUCGCCAGAAGGAACAACGCCAGACGGAACACCGCUUCGAACGGAUCGUUCUAAUACACGCUCCUGCGUCAAGCACUCUCCCAGGCCCAGGACACCUUGCGAGAUCUGCAGAGCGUGAUCACACCGUCGUCGCUGGACAACAACAACAACAACAACAACAACAACAACAACAACAACAACAACAACAACAACAACAACAACAACAACAACAACAACAACAACAACAACAACAACAACAACAACAACAACAACUC